GGCGCUCGGCGAGACGCGCUGCGGCGGGUCGGGCUUCCCCGCCGGGAGCACCGGGGCGCGUUUCGGCGGCUCCUGGAUGGGGAACCCUUUCCCGCCGGGCACUGCUGCGCUCGCCCCCUCACGCCGGCUGCGGGAAGGAGGACGGAGGAGCAUGCCACCGGCGGGGCGGUUCCGCGGGGACUGACAUGCUGCUGAAGGAGGGAAGGUGCCAGCCCUUCCGUCUCUCCCCGCGGUAGCCGAGGCGAUGCUGCAGGGCGCUCCCCGGGCUCUCCCGCAGGCGCCAGGCGAUCGCCCACAGCAGCCGCGCUCGCUGCUGUGAGCAGCGCGGCUCCGGCCAGGCCGAGGCGACGAGCGGCGCGGGCCCGCUCCCCUCGGCGGGGCGGCGGCGGCGGCGGCGGCGAGGAGGGUGCUGCCCGCAGGCGCGGGCGGCUCCGCGCGGCGGAUGCGUGUGCAUGAGCGCGGCACCGAGCGGGCGCAGGAAGCGCCCCCGCUCCGCCGCCUCUAUCUUCCAGGGAGGCAAGACCUCGCCGCACGGCUGCGACAGCGAACGCCGGGGCAGCGGCUCCGAUAGCGCCUACCAGACCCAGCGAGUCCUGGACGACUGUAAGAUGAUUGUCCAGGAGUUCAAUACCCAGGUGGCUCUCUACCGGGAGCUGGUCAUUUCUAUUGGGGAUAUCUCUGUCACCUGUCCGUCUCUGCAUGCAGAAUUGCACAAAACUCGAACCCGGGGAUGUGAGAUGGCCUAUGAGGCUCAUCAAAAACUAGCAGCAAUUUCUGGCCCAGAAGAUGGUGAAAUUCAUCCUGAAAUCUGUAGGCUGUACAUCCAGUUGCAGUGUUGCUUAGAAAUGUACACAACAGAAAUGCUGAAGUCCAUAUGUCUGCUAGGAUCACUGCAGUUUCAUCGGAAAGGAAAAGAACCUUGUGGCCCACCCAAGAUUCUAGAUAUUAAAGUGGAAGAGAGUUCUGAAGUACCUAUUUUAGAAGACAUGUCAUCACCAACAGAUGUUCAACAGCAUCUAUGGCAGGUUUCCACAGAUAUUGAAAACACUGAAAGAGAUAUGAGAGAAAUGAAAAACCUUUUAAGCAAACUCAGGGAGACUAUGCCUUUACCACUGAAAAAUCAAGAUGAUAGCAGCCUCCUAAACUUGACUCCAUAUCCAUUGGUAAGAAGACGGAAGCGAAGAUUCUUUGGAUUGUGUUGUCUUGUCUCAAGUUAGAAGAUGAAGCACAGAAGCACCAAGAAGAUCAUGACUUUAAUUAAACCACUGUUAUUUGACCACUGAAAAGAUGAACAUUGCUCCUCUUGAUUAUAAAGUACAUUUUCUACACUACACUAUUCAUUUUGCUCUUCUGCUCCCUCCUCAUCUUCAAAUAAGGGAUUUCACAGUGUAAAAUUAUGGUGAUCAAAAAACAGCUGUGGAAUAGAUCUAGCAUAUUUAAAGCUUUUUAAAGUAUGUUUUGCAUGCUUACUUUUAAUUACUCAAAGAAGACACAUGAAUUAUGGUUCAUAGAUAAUUUUUAGAGGUUUUUUUAAUUGUUUGAAUUGCUGCUAAAAGUUUGUGCAUAGUACAGUAUUCUUAGUAUCAUAAUGAAAUAUUUGGUCAUACUCUUAACAGUCUUUAAGCAUAGAAAACUAUUUAACAGCAAAAGUAUUAAAGUUCUAAAACAUUCAAACCAUAUUGUAACAGAAUUUGUCAAAAUCUCCAGUUGCUUUUUGUGCUCACAUUUAUAUUUAGUCUUCCAAUAUAUCUCAAUUUAAAAGCUUCAUAGAAAAGUAUCUUAAUUUAUGAUACACAAAUCAUAAAUGAAAAUAGGACUGUAAAUACAGAGAAAUCAUAAUAACUGCAUACUGUACAAUGCAUAGAAGCAACAGAUUUCCUUUUAAGUCAAUAGUAUAUCUACAAGCAUUUGGAAAAAAUAAAUAAUUUAUUAAAAGGAGGUAUUAAAAUAAACAAUGUAAAACACAACACCAACCCAUUUUGUUUCCAAUAGAAUUCAAAGCAUGGUGUCUGCAUAUCACUAAGUCUAAAACUUAUAAGGCAUGCCAGAAUCAUCUGAGACUGUAAGAUAUUAAACAAUUUACAUUGUUAAUAAAGUUUUUUAUUUAAUUAAAUAUUGUUUUGUUUCUAGUUGUAUUGCUGGACUAUGUUUUGCUAAUUUUGCUGUCAGAGUACUACACAAAGUUUUGAUAAUAUUUCCAUUUCAAGAAGUAUGUUUAGAAAGAUAAAAAAUAUGGAGCAUAUAUAAAUACUAAAAUGACAGCUAGUAGAAGCAGUAGAUAUGAAUAGGUAGACUCAAUGUACUGAUAUUUCAAGAUGAUAGGCAAGACACCAGAAAUAAACUUGUGCUAGACUGCAACACUAUGAAACCCAUAGCAAUCUGUCAAUGCUGUGCACGUCAGCAUACCCUUGUAGGCAAUAAUAGUGACUCAUAGCCCUUUAUUCCACCAUGACCCAGCAUGUCAAAAGAACCAAAACAAAGGUUUAGUGCUGGUAAGGAGGUUGUUGUGUCCUUGCCACAGGAAACACCCAUACAGUUAAAUUCACUGUCAGUUUUUUGGUAGGAUAUUAGUACACCCCCUAAGGCAGUUUGUUAGGGAUAGCUGUUCACUGAACUGUAUCUGGCAACUAAAAAGUUUGCUGUGACCCAUUUUUCUACCAAGUUUUUCUCCUGCUGUUUGCUGAGAAAGGGUGGAAAAGCCCACACUGUCAGAAAUAUUAACAUACUCUUUAUACCAAAGACCAAAAAUUCAGAUCUAAUUACCAGGAACAGAAGGCAGGAGUUUUUCUUCCAGAAGAGCCACACCACAUUCAUGUAACUGAGCUUCCAGCAUUUCUCUGGAAGGAUAUUCUUCUUGUCAGUCAGAUAAAGCAGAGUCUUUUAGUUUUUUCCAGGUUGGACUGGUCUGUUCACCUUUCACUCUCCCAGAGAGAAAAUACAUUUUUGAAUAAUCAGGCCAAGAAAUAAAUAUUUUAAAUGCAAUGAGGACAAAUAAAUUUAAAAUGCCCUUAUGGAACUUGUGAGUUUCCAAAAUUAAUUCCAUCUGAAUUUAGCAUGGCUAAAUUCUUUAAAUAGCACAGAAACAGGUAACUGCAAUGUGUUUGAAGAUUUCAGGUCCUGAACUAUUCUUAAGCAUACAUAUUCUUAAGCACCUAAACUGGGGAGAUCCCUACGCACUCAUGAAACUGUGUGCUUGUGAGAACAAAUGCAUUUUUAAGAAGAAUGGAAUUAAAAUCCAUAGCACAGUAUUUUUUCAAAGUUAAUUCUUUAAAGUCUUCUCCACAUUUCUCAUUAACGUUGUCCUCGUUAAUCAGAGCUGUUUUCUGUAAUAGGCAGCACUGACAUGUUUUCAUUAGGAGUCUCAAACCAAGAUAUGCUCCAUGACUCCAUCCCCACAGGUACGCUAGGUUUUGCAACUGUUAAAACUUUGGAAAAACAACUCCUGAUGUCUAAUGGAUAUUAAAAAUAUUGUCUAGGAAUACAAUCAGUAGUUACAAUUAACCAAUUAACUUUUGUUCAUAAGUGAAAAAGACAUUAAUGCCAAAAAAAAAGGGGUAUGAAUGCAAGACUGAAUAUGCAGCGAUACCAUGAGAGGAAGGGAGAAAGAAAGUUUUACACAAGACUUAGAAGUCUUGCAAUAUUGGUACACAGAGAGAAAUACCCAUAGGUGGUCAGCGUGAUACCUUUUUUCAACAAUUAAUUUGAAAGGAAGAUGGGCAGAGUAAGCAGUAACGUGUCUAGCUGAGUACCUGCUCACACAUCAUCACACAGAAUUUAACAUAACAAAUUAGGUGACAGCUUAUAUCUCUGUAUUUUAACCAUGCCUGUUGGAAUGGAAUAUACAUAAAUUAGACAAAUGUAUAAACAUUUUAAUUCAUUUUACAAAUCUUGACAUCAGUCAUAUCACAAUGAGUUGCACAACUUGAGCAGAUUCUGUGAUGGAUAGACUUGCAUUGCACUGUAUUGAAGUGUACAGUAAUAUGUGCAUCCUAGUACCUUUUGUUAUUCUGGAAAAUUCAGCAGUGUCUUUUCUUCUUGAAUUAAAGACUAUUAAAAUUUCA